GCUCUCUUUUUCUCUCUCUGCAUCAAUUAUUCAUUUCCAUUCCUAAGCCAUAACCCUUCGCUCUGAAACAAUUCCCAGCACAAAGAAUGGAAGAAGCUGCCGCCGCUGCCUUGCUUCAAGUUCUAUUUGAAACCCUCAAGAAUGAGGUCUCACUUGUUCGAGGUUUCAGAAAUGAAGCAGAACAGUUAACUCAGAAUCUGGACAUGAUCCAUAAAUUCUUGAGUGAUGCAGAGAUGGGCUCCAUCCCCGGUGAGGCUGUCAAGAAGUGGCUCACGGAUCUCGGAAACGUGGAGUUCGAUGCUGACAACGUUUUGGAUGAAAUCAAAUACCAUCAACUCUCCAAACAAAGCAAUGCUAUGAAACAAAAGGUAUUAUCAUACUUCUCAUGCUGCCUUCAUAUUUCACGUGCUCCAAGUAUGGCUCAUAGAAUCCAACAAAUCAAUGGGAAUUUGGGGGUCAUUAACCAAAGGGCUGCCGACCUUGGCCUAAUCGGGAGACUUGCUGCUGCUGUGCCCACUUUGCCUGACGUUGCUCGUGAAACUGACUCAUUCUCUCUUGAUCCAAUUUUUAUUGGAAGAGAUGAGAUGAUGUCAGAAAUAGUUGAACAGCUUACUGCUUGUUUCAAAACUGAUGUACGUAUUUCUAUCCUUGCCAUUGUGGGAAUGGGAGGAUUGGGGAAGACAACUUUGACUAGGAAAGUUUUCCAUCUUCUCAAAGAAAAGGAUCUGUUUGGAUCACAUAUUUGGGUGCAUGUUUCUCGAUUUUUUGAUCCACUCAUUCUUUUCAACAAAAUCCUCAAAGGAUUAACUUCUCCUGAUCAAGUCGAAAUUGGGGAUAAGGAAGGUGUUUUAAAAAAACUUGUCGAUGCCUUAAAAAAUAAAUCAUAUCUUCUUAUUCUUGAUGAUAUUUGGAAUGAAAGUGUUCUCAAAUGGGAAGAAUUUAUUCGUCCCUUGUUGCGCGUUAGUUCUAUGAAAGGUAAUGCGAUUGUUGUUACCACCAGAAGUAUGGACGUAGCUUCAAUUAUGAAUCCACUUCGUACACAUGAGCUGAAAAUGUUAUCAGAUGAAGAUUGUUGGUCAACUAUCAAAGAAAAAACUUUUGGAAAAGAGAAUGUUCCUUCAGAACUUGAGGCCUAUGGAACUAAGAUUGCAGAAAAAUGUAAAGGUUUGCCAUUAGCUGCUAGCGUAGUAGGUGGAGUACUACUGUGUGAUAAAUCUGAAAAAAGAUGGCAUUCAAUCAAAGAGAAUUGGCUUUCACGCUAUGAAGGAAAUGAUAUCGAACAGAUAUUGAAGUUCAGUUUUGAUAAUUUGUCCCUACAGUCACUCAAAAAGUGUUUUGCAUAUUGUUCAAUUUUUCCUAAAGGUUACAAAUUUAAAACACAGACUCUGAUUGAGUAUUGGAUGGGCGAAGGAUUUCUUAAAGCUGAUGAAAGCAGUGACAUGGAAUCUAUGGGAGAAAAAUUUAUCCAUGUUCUUCUACGCAACUCUUUACUGCAAAUUACAGAAAGAGAUGUUUAUGGAAAUGUGGAAAGUUGUGUGAUGCAUGAUCUUCUGCAUGAUCUUGCAGCUUCUGUUUUAAGAGGUUCUUUUAAGGAAGAUGAAAUUACCCAAGUUCGAUACAUGUUUCUCGAAGAAGAUUCAAUUGCUGUUCUAAAAACAAAUGAAAAAUAUUUGCGCACAUUACUGUCCAUGUAUCACAGGAAGGAUUACAUGCUCUCAAACUUUGAAUCUCUUCAUGUUUUAACUUUUGGAAGUUGGGAUGCUGAAGAGUUGUCAAGUGAAAUCAAGAAGUUGAUACAUUUGAGAGUUCUUGAUAUUGACAAAUUAUCUAUUGAUUAUCUUCCUGAUUGGAUUGGUGAACUCUUUCACUUGCAGACACUGAGAGCAUGUAAUUUUCGGUUAAAGAAACUUCCAAGUACUUUGAAGAACUUGAGAAACUUAAGGCAUCUUUAUAUUACGAAAGGUGUAGAGUUGUUUGCCGAGAUUGGUCGAUUAAAACUUCUCUCAGGACCCUACAGUUUUUUAGGGUGGGCGACAAGAAUGGCUACAAAAUUGAAGAGCUCGGAUGUUUGAAUUGUCUCAAAGGAAAAC